UUUGGUUUCAUCAUGAUUUCCUGCCACUUCGGUGUUUUGCUUUGCCUUCUUUUUCUUGCAUCUCCCAUUGCAAGGGCUUCAGUUUUCUUAAGGCCCAAGGAAGCCAGCAACAUCUUACAAAGAGCUAGGAGAGCCAAUUCUUUCUUUGAGGAGUUUAAAACAGGAUCACUCGAGCGGGAAUGCCUAGAAGAGAUAUGUUCAUUGGAGGAAGCAAGAGAAAUCUUCCGAGAUGAUUUGAGGACCAAAAACUUCUGGGCAAUCUAUACAGAUCCUGAUCAGUGUGACUCCAACCCUUGCCAGAAUGGUGGGACCUGUAUUGAUAGGCAUCAAGACUACUUAUGCGUUUGUCCUCCAACACAUGAAGGCAUAAAUUGUGAAAUAGGACCAGAAAGCACGCUGAAAUGUUUUUUUAAAAAUGGCAAUUGUGAGCAGUUUUGUGUAGAUUCCUCAACCACAUUAAGACAGUGCUUUUGUGCAGAGGGAUACAGGUUAGCAAGUGACCAAGUAUCCUGCAUCGCAGAAGUUGAUUAUCCCUGUGGGAAAAUACCUGCUCUGGCAAAAAGGCCAAAUCAACAAGGAAGAAUCAUAGGUGGUUAUGAGUGUCCUCGAGGUGAAUGUCCAUGGCAAGCUCUCAUAACAGAACGUGGAAAUGAAAAAUGUGGAGGUGUUCUGAUCGCUCCAUCCUGGAUCAUUUCAGCAGCUCACUGCUUUCAUAGUGUCGCCCGACAAAAUCUCAGGAUAAGGCUUGGUGAAUACCGUAUCAACCAUAGAGAUGAAGGCGAACAAGAAAGAGGAGUUGAUGAAUUAAUAAUCCAUGAAAAGUAUUCUUCCAAAACCGUUGACAAUGACAUUGCCUUGUUGCGAUUAUCAGCCCCAGUCAACUUCUCUGAGUAUGUGGUGCCCAUCUGCUUGCCACCGCCUCGAUUUGCAACAGAGAUAUUGAACUACGUUGAAUUAUCCACAGUGAGUGGGUGGGGGCGUCUCUUGGAAAGUGGGGCUACUUCAGCACUUCUUAUGCGAGUGCAAGUCCCCAAAAUGCACAAAAAGGAAUGCAUUUUGCACACUAAAUUCAAUAUUUCAGACAACAUGUUCUGUGCAGGUUAUCUCGAUGGGAGUAAAGAUUCUUGUGAAGGUGACAGUGGUGGACCUCAUGCCACUGAAUACAAAAAUACUUGGUAUUUAACGGGAAUUGUGAGCUGGGGUAAAGGGUGUGCUGCAAUAGGAACAUAUGGAGUUUAUACAAAAGUUGUAAAAUACUAUCAGUGGCUAAAUAAUCAUAUGGAUUCCUAAUACAUAUUGCUUCCAAAUUGCCCUUUCAUUGUCCGAAUCCAUAAUAUUUAACCUUUGAAUUUAGCUUAUAACUAGCUUAUAUAUUUUAAAUUAGAUUCUACAUUUUAAAUCUGUAGUAAAACUUCAGUUCAAUUAACUGCCAUUAAAUAAUUUGAAUGGCCAAAAGCUUUCAUCCAUUCACAAUACAGUGGUACCUCGGUACUCAAUUACUUCAAAACUUGUUGAAUUUAGUACUUGACACAUUUUGUGACAAAAAUGUUGUCCCAGUACUUGUUGUUUGUUUGGUACGUGAUGUGCUGCAAUAGGAAAAGGGGGACAGACACGGAGAACAGACAGGAAGUCAGCCAUACUGGGAAGGUUGCUUCAAAAGGAACAGGGGAUGGCUGCAGAGGGUGGACAGAAAGUUGGCCAUGCUGGGAAGAAAAGGGACAGACAGGAAGUCUUUCCUGGCCAAAGUUAGGGUCACAUGGUAAGUCACAUAGUUUGUUUGGCAUUCAGCAUUUUUACUACUCAUUGUGCCUCCCAGAACCAAUUAACAACAAGUACUGAGCCACCACUGUAAUGGACCAAUCCCUUGGAUUUAGACAAGGUAUUUAAAUUUACUUUAAAUGUUUCUUUAUUCACAUUAUUUGCACAUGAUGUAGAUACCCAAAUAACAUGAUCAUGCCAUUUGCAUAAUGCUGUCAAUACACAAAUUAUGUCCACUGCUGUAAAUGACACAUUUGGAUUUUAGAGAUGUUCUGAAAUAAUGGAUAUUUUAUUGCUCUAUUGCUGAUUAAACUGAGUUUAUAUUUCAUUGAUUUCUUAAGUUAGCUAAUAAAUACAUUUAAAAUAAAUUAACUUCUGACAUGAUAGGGACUCUUGCAUAUAAAUUUCAUAAAAUUUCAUAGAAAAUAUUUGUUUAAGAGCUGGAAAAUAUAUUUAAAUUUUUGAUUCA